GUCACGAAGGAUCGCCGCUCCUCGGCAGAGUCUGCGCCCAUGUUGCUGCCGGCGGUUCUGUGCUGCUGGGCGCUGGUCGCCGCGAGACCGCGCACCGACCCCUGCCUCGCGCUGCGCCUGAGCGUGGCUGGGCCGGGUAGCGAGGCGGGCCGCUGGAGCGCCGCGCUGGGCCGCCUGCAGGUGUCUGUGCAGCACAGCCGCGCCGGUCCUGAAGGCAGUGGCCAAUGGGAGGCAGACGUGGCCUAUGGCCCCGCCCUCGACUGUGAAGACAUGCGAGGCGCCGAGGGCUCCGGGCACGAGGGCUCCGGGCACGAGGGCUCCGGGCACGAGGGCUCCGGGCACGAGGACUCCGGGCACGAGGGCUCCGGGCACGAGGGCUCCGGGCACGAGGGCUCCGGGCACGAGGGCUCCGGGCACGAGGGCUCCGGGCACGAGGACUCCGGGCAGCACGAGGGCAGUGGCCAUCAGCUGGCGGUCCUCGGGGCAGAAGGCAGCACGGCGGAUUCCGACUGGACUUUCUUAGACGACGAAGACUAUUCUGCUCUUAGAUGAAGUUUAAGGCUCAACAAUUAUUUUUUAUCAGUCCUUUCAAAUCUUUUUGAAUUCACUAUGAUAAAUAUGAAUUAUUGUCAGUGUAUUAAGUUUUGGUCAUUUGUAUGAUUUUACUUUAAAUUUGAAUGUUAAAAUAUAUGAAACUAUUUUCUUAAAAACAAUAUAUUUUAUUUAAGCGUAAAUUUUAUUAUUUUUUAACAAUGACAGCACAUUUUUUAAAAAAUACUAUUAAAAUUAUUAUUUUUUGUGUUAAAACAGUGGAUUCUGAAUUAUGAUGAUCAUUGAAAUAUUACAUAUUAGUGAAAGAAAGACAUUAACAAUACUUUUUCCAACGCAAAGUUAUUAAAUACAUGUACAAAAAGUUAUAA